UCUUUUUAUAAUUAUUUACAGCGUAUUUAUAAAUAUUCUUAAUAGCAGUUCAAAACUUUUGGCUGUGAAUUUGCCCAGAAUCCAACUGCUAAAACCAAAAAUCUGACAUAUGUAAUCUGCAUAUAGACAGAAAGUGUUGGUUGUAUAUAGUCAAAAAUAUCACACAAUAGCAUAAAAUAUUAUUUUAAAAUGCAGAUAAUACGCUAAAAAUUAAAAACAAUUUUUUAAUGUAAAUAAUACAAGAAGAUAUGGCAACACCGCAUUGACUGUUGGCUGCAGUGAACUGCCAAGCAACCCGCGACGGUGGUCCGACAUAAUCACAUAGCCUAAGACAGCUGUCAUCAUUAAUUCAAAAGUAAAAAUGUUGUGCAACAAGUUGUGUAAGUUUCGUUACAAGGGUAAAUGGAUAUCAGAGGCUGUAUAUAAACAGCGGCUUAAGAUGUCUGAAACCGGUAAAAAAAGAAGAAAAUACUCGCCAAAAGAAAUUAUAAAACCUGUUGCUAAAACAUCUACAGCUAUCGAUGAAACAAUACAGGAUACAAAUAAAAAUGUUGACAACACUCAAGAGCUCGAUUAUAUGGAGGGGCAUAGAAUUGUCGAAUUCUCUUAUCUCGCCAAACAGAUGUGGUGUUGUUAUUGUAAAGAAGCUCUAUCUUUAGAUAACAUAGAGCAGGAAACACGUCGAGGUCUUGCUUCAAUUUUACAAGUGCGCUGCCACAAAUGCUUGAUUUUAAAUGUUGUAAACACGAGUAAAAAGCAUUCUUCGUUGGAUAGUAGUACGAACCGAUUUGAUGUAAAUUCGAAAAUGGUGCUAGGUAAAUCAGUGACAGUGAAUUGCAAUAUAUAGAGUGCAAAUGAUACGUAAUAAUUAAUAUUAUUCUGAAUGCUUGCUUAGGUAUCAUUCACGCUGGAAUGGGAUGGACACAU